CUUGAUUGUGAGAAAAGAUUGUUUUGGGUCCUAAUGUGAACAUUCGAAAGUUUAGGGACUUAAAGAGGGAAAGAUUUUGGAUAAGGAUGACUUCUUUUCUUUUCUCCUUUUUCUUUCUUUCUUUCUUCUUCUCCAGCCCGAUUCUGCUCUUCUUCUCAUUUCUUCCCGCUGCAGCCACCCGAAGAAAAAAAGAAAGAGAACCCAGCCAUGCCUUGGAAAAAUUGGUAAGGAAGCUUGGUAUUUUCCCCUUCCUUUCUUGUUCUAGAAUCCAUAUAGAACCCAGAAAUCUCUCCCCCUCUGCUGGAAAAUCCGGAUCUGCCUUGCUCUGUCCGCCGGCUGCUUUUGUUGUGGGGGCAAAUUGCUUGGGUUUUGGGUAAGAAACAGCCAUUAAAUUCCUUUGUUCUUGCUUGAAUUGGCUUGGGUUUAUGUUAAUUGCUCUUGGUUCCUUCAAUUUUUGGGUAGCCCGUGAGCUUUCUUCUUUCAUGCCGCCGGCUUUCCCCAAUCUGCAGCCCCGGUUUUAGCUGGAGAAUUAUGGUAUGUGACAGCCUUUUAAGGUUUAAUUUAGCCAUUUAUUGCUGCCUUGUGUGUGUCCGAAAUUCUGCAGAAAAUGGGGAUAAUUCCGGUAGCUUUAGGAUAAAGUUUAAGCAUUGAUUCAAGUGGAAUUUGUGUGAUUGAGUGUUAAUUGCUUGUUGUGAUUUUUGGAGAGAAAAUCCCGUGAGAUUAGCUAGUGUUUUGGCCAAUUUGUGGGGGUGGAGUUACUGUUCACGCCGGGUACUGUUCACCGGUUAAUGUUCAUACCCCGAGGGCCAACAUUUAACGGGAAUUUAAAUGAUUAGUUUGUGAUAUAAGAACGGAUUUGGAGAUAUUUGAUAAUGUGGAGAUUGAUAGAAAUAGCAUUGUGAUUAGGAAUGAUCCUAAUGAAGUGUUCAAGCUUAGGUUAAAUUAGAUAUCUGGAGAUUGAGUGGUAUAAGAGUUUAAGUAUAAAUUAAGAGCUUAGGUUGAAAUUAAGAGUUUUGGAUUAAAUUAAGUACCUCCAGAUUUAGUGGCAUCAGAGCAGAUUGAGUGAUAUCCGAGCCUAGGUUUAAUUGAAUACCUAGGAUUUGUUUUGGACUUGGCUAGCCAGUGGAUUGUAGAAUCGUGGUGAGACGAGUGAUGGGGUUAUAUAAGGGGCAAUUCUGAUUCAUGUUGCCUGAAUUUUCUCAUCCAUUUCGAUGAGAUGGAUAUUUGAUUGUUCUUGUUUCCUGCCUUUAUAUACCCUAUGUAGAUCCAUGAGAUUAAUCUUGUCCGCCAUGUUCUUGAGACCUUGUUUUGAACUUGGUCAUUUUCUGAUUGUCCGCACUUGUUUAGACUUGUUACGUGAAUAGAAUUUUUGUGUGCUCUUUUGCCACAAUUGUGAAAUCUGGGGAGUUGUAGAGAUCUUUUGUUAUUGAUCUUGUUGGUCUCUACCACAUAGCUGGUUGAGAAAUUUGUUCUGUUUGUCAUAUGACCCGUGGAAGAUGGAAAUGGAUAAUGAUUAUUGAGAUCCUCAUUAUCGUGAUACUUAUCUGAAAUUGAUUCUUGUAUUGUUCUUGGAAUCUAUUUUGAGUUGUCCUUGGAAACGUUCUUGUUCUGACACUGGUUCUUGCUCAAAUUCUGUAUACUGCUCUUGCUCAAUUCCGCAUAUUCUGUUAGUUCUUAUGUCAGUACACCUGUUGAUCUUCUUGAUUUUGAUUUUUGUUCAUGGACACCUCUUAGGAGGGGUGACGAUUAUCAGAAGAUACCUAUAUGAGGCAUCCUCAUUCUUGUCUCUUGCAAGUGUUAAAUUCUGUAUUCUUUUAGCUUUGACUUGGCUUUAGGAUGUCUAGGAUGACUUGAUUGUAA